AUGGGUACUGACAUUUUAGAAAACAAAGAUGACAUCCUUGCUUUUAUUUAUCACACCCUACAAAUUCAACAACAAUCUUCCUCUCGAAAACCAAACGUUGAAAAUACUACUAAAAGCUUACAAGACUUAUUGGUGUUUGAAGAUCAUGUUCAUAAUAACACCGCAAACGACGAGGAGGAUGUUGAUAGCCUGAAGGAGGUUGAUCAGAUAUUAAUCUCAACUGCUUUGUCCCUCCUUUUAGCAACUUUAGAAGCCAACGAAAGUAUACGAGUAGACAACGCUCCCCUGCUCGCAUUAAUCUCUGAUCGCUUGGACAUAUUCAUUGACGAGUUUCCUGCUAUUUCACCUGUGGCACAUGAGUGUAAAUUGGUUUUAUCAGCUAGGAAUGCUACAUCAUCAAAAAUAGACGAUAUCAUCAGUUGGUCUUACAAAAGGCAAAGAGAGAUAUUCAAUUUAUCUCUAAAAGACAUUCAAGACUCACAGUUACCUGUUAGAGCACAUGGUUUAGAUCAAUUGAGAAAAUUAGUGCAACACACUGUCUCAAAAAAUGAUGUAAACGCCAAUAAAGAUAACACGCUCGAUCCUUCUUUAAUUAGUAAUAUACUAGAUGUUUUUAUUCAAGCAAUCAAGGCAGAUGAUAGCUAUAUCUACCUCAAUGCUGUUAGAGGUUUAGUCGUAAUGAUGGAUAAGAUUGGUCAUGAAAUACUAAGCCAAUUGUCAAUCAAGUACUCCGAGUACCAUGAAAGCUUGACUGAAAUUGAAUUAGACCAAAGGUUAAGAAUUGGUGAAGCGAUCAUACAAGUUAUCAAGAACUUAUCGGACGCUUUACCCUCAUACUCUCACUUGAUAUUACCCCAAUUAAUAAAAGUAAUGUCCCAAAAUAACCUACCAAGUUUGUUGAGAGCUUCGAGCUUAACUAUUCUAAGUCAAGCUUGCAUCACGUGCAUACUGGCAGUUGAACCCUUCAUCAAUGAGAUUUUAAACGGUAUGGAAGACUUAUUGAUGAUUGAAUCUCUACAAAACUCAAAAGAUUUGAGUAACCCUUUGGACAAAGAUACCAAUUUAGUUCAAUUGAAGAGAUCUGCUUUGAUUCUAAUAGCGAUGAUAUUCAGAUCACUUUAUGAUACUGCAAAUAUCACUGUACCUCUCGCAUUGAAAAGCAGUUUAAGAACAAAGAUCAACUACAUCGCCCAAUUUGAUAAUGACGAGUUAGUUCAACAUCAAGCAACAGAGGUUCUAGAAGAAUUCAACUGGAGCAAUAGAUUACCUUGA